GUGCGCGCGGGAACUCGGCCCACAGGGGCUCGCGGCGCGGCCGGGACCCUGUAGUAGGACAAAGGGCCCCGGGUGCCCGCUUUCUGGGGAGGGCCCUGCAGCGGGAUCCCCGCGCGGGGCUGCCCUUGCGCCCUGGGUCUCCCCGGGGGCCGUUCGGAGAACUGGAGCGCACCCUCCAGCCCCGGCGAGUUCCUCCGACUGGCUGGGGGCCUUCCCUGGAACCCCGACGGCUCUUUUGGAAGACCACUCUGUAUCCCCAGCACACACAGCACUCUGGGGCCUGGGCCGUCCGACGUCACAAAACUUCCUGUAGGACAUCUCGCCUAGGGUACCUCGUGCGCUCUCCCAGACAGCAGCUCCAGGGACACGGGCGCGGGGUCCCGCAGGCCAGCCUCCCAGUGUGCCCAGCGGCAGGGUCCUUGGCGGGGAAUGUACAGAUUUCUCCAUUGGCUGCAGGAGCAGCUGGGCUCCGGGGGACAGGUGUUCGUGGCUUUGUGGGGAUGAAGACGGCGGAGUUGGGGACAGAUCCUAACAUGUCCUGACACCGCCUGUGCUCUUCGUCUUGUGCCUCUGAAAUGGAGAUGGAGUCUCCCAAUGUUACCCAGGCUGGUCUCAAAUCCUGGCCUCAAGAAAUCCUGCCUCAGCCUCCCAAAGUGCUGCGAUUACAGGUUUCUGGAAUUUUCCUGAAGCAUUGUAUGCUGAUACAGAUUCUGAGCUGGUGCUUUGACUGUCACAAGCCAGAGGGUCCUAGAAGAAGUGGAAUCAUAACUGAGGAAAACUUAGGAAACCCCAUCCGUUCUGACUUUCAAAGGUUCUGGACGUGGCAUGACGAGCGCUUCCUCUACAUGCUCAUGGAGUACGUGCCGGGCGGCAAGCUCUUCAGCUACCUGCGCAACCGGGGGCGCUUCUCCAGCACCACGGGGCUCUUCUACUCUGCAGAGAUCAUCUGUGCCAUCGAGUACCUGCACUCCAAAGAGAUCAUCUACAGGGAUUUGAAGCCGGAGAAUAUCCUGCUGGAUAGGGAUGGCCACAUCAAGCUCACGGACUUUGGGUUUGCCAAGAAGCUGGUAGACAGGACUUGGACCCUCUGUGGAACACCCGAGUACCUAGCCCCCGAAGUCAUUCAGAGCAAGGGCCACGGAAGGGCUGUGGACUGGUGGGCCCUCGGCAUCCUGAUAUUCGAGAUGCUUUCGGGGAACAAACUAAGACAAUACAACAUAGCACAAAGGGUGCAGAAGAUUUUAGAGAAGGUGGACUCUGUCUGCAAUGGAGCCUCUUCCACGGGGAGCAUAAGGUUUCCUCCAUUUUUUGAUGACAACCCGUUUGGCAUUUAUCAGAAAAUUCUUGCAGGCAAACUAGAUUUCCCCAGACAUUUGGAUUUCCAUGUAAAAGACCUCAUUAAGAAACUGCUCGUGGUUGACAGAACAAGGCGAUUAGGAAACAUGAAGAACGGGGCGAAUGAUGUGAAACGCCAUCGGUGGUUCCGCUCCAUGGACUGGGAAGCUGUUCCGCAGAGAAAACUGAAGCCUCCCAUCGUGCCCAAGAUAGCUGGCGACGGCGACACUUCCAACUUCGAAACUUACCCUGAGAAUGACUGGGACACAGCCGCGCCCGUGCCGCAGAGGGAUUUAGAAAUCUUCAAGAAUUUAGAAAUCUUCAAGAAUUUCUGAGGACAGGGGCUCACAUCUGGAAGAAACAGGAAGAUUGGAAUCUGCCUGGAACAAAGAACUGCACCGAAGCAGACCAGAAGCAAAAUGUCUUCUUCACGGCCUGAGGACAUUUCCAGUUUUCUCUGUACCUGUGUGUAUAGAAAUAGAUCAGAGCACAGUUGAAAUUCAUGGAACUGGCAUUAUUUAAGCAACCAGAAUUCCACACUGUAGGAAGGUUUUGAAAAUUGUUUGGUUGUAGAUUUUAUCUUAUCUUUUGGUGUUGUCUUGGUUUUUCUCAUAGACUUUAUAAGUUUGAACUGGACUUAUUUGAUUAUAACCACAAAUUGUGUGUGUGUGUGUGUAUAGAAGUCAUUAUGGCAGAUGCACAAAAAUUGCGCAGUGAUGUAAUAUACAUACUUCACAGAGCCUAUUAUUUUUAUUUUUCAAUUCAGUUUCUCAAAUUAUCUUCCCUUCUCUUGGGGACAACAUCUGAAGGGUAUGUUGCAUGCAUUUUUAAAAAAAUCAUCUCAUAUGCAUUGUAUAGUUUGGGGGAAGAAGAUAUCUGGGGGCUGGGGGUGUCUACAUUCAGUAUCUUUAGUGCUUCCUACCUAGUAACUUGAGACUUUAAAAGAAGAAACAUGGAGAAGAUGUGGGAGCGAAUUUACUGCAGGAAUCCACAAUGACUUUGAAGUUGUUGGAGCAGCGCACUGUAUUCAGAAAACCUGUGUCACAUUCAAAAAUUUCAUCUAGGCUAGGUGCAGUGGCUUGUUCCUGUAGUUCCAGCACUCUGGGAACCUGGGUUGGGAGGAUUGCUUAAGGCCAGGAGUUUGAGAUCAGCCUGGGCAACAUAGUGAAACCCUGUCUCUAUGGAAUUUACACAAAUUAUAAAAAUUAGUCGGGUGUCAUUGUGCAUACCUGUAGUCCCAGCUAUUCAGGAGCUGUGGUAGGAGGAUGGCUUGAGCUCAAGACGUUGAGGCUGCAGUGAGCCCUGAUUGUGCCAGUGCCCUCCAGCCUGGACGACAGAGCAAGACCCUGUAUUAAAAAAAAAAAUUCAUCCUGCACAGGGAAAUGGCUACCUAUUAAAGUCACAGUUGAAAUUUUUUGAAAAAAUACACCUCCCACAGUUCACAAAUAAGGUUCAGCUCAUCUAUAAAGCUGACCUUCAUGCAGAGAUUUUAUUUCACCUUUAGUUUUGGGAAAAGCGAGAAACAGAUGAUCUAUAGGAUGUGAGUGGGUGGCAGAGUCAAAAGGAACCUCACCUGUUCCUAAUUUCUCCUUUUAAAUAUUCAUGUUGAGUGUGCCUAAUACUCUCCUCAACAAGUCAUGCUGUUUUAUGCAGAAUAAUCCAGGCGUGAGAGUGUUCUCUUGGGAAAUGACUGGGGAGACACCCGAAAGGAGCAACCUCCAGAUGUUCUUCCCUGGGUGUUGAUGUCAUGACAGCCAUACAGUGACUUUGUUCUGAAACAUCUCUUGCUAAAUGUGGGUCAUGCUAGACACAGCAUAAACUGAGGGUGUCGGUUCUGGCUUUGUACAUAACUCAUUUUCUUCCUUGCUUUUUCUCUGGACCAUCCUGGCUUGAAACUUGGCUAUAGACAUCUGAACAGGGUGCACCUUUUCUCUUUACUGUGACUCACCUCAAAUAUGGCAUUGCUCAAAUCUGCUGUGUAUGAGGUCACAGGGCCUAGCUGUGGCAGGGGUGAGUGUAUUGAAGAAGUAGGUUUUGGAGCCUUCCAGGAAUGCCUCGUUGACAACAGGGGUACACUCACACAGACCUCCAAGACUUUCUUCUCCACCUCUUCUUUUUCUCAUGCCCUGCCUUCAUCUGUCUCCUUCUGCACCCAGAGUAGGGGUGGAGUGUACCCUUGCCAUGUGUUAGUGAAAAUGUGUGCAGUGAGAAGCCAGUUGGGUCCCCCUGGCUCCUAAUCUCUUCUCAAAACUCAGUAGCUCAGGUUCUCUGGAGCCAUCCGGUGCAUUCCUUGCUAUUGGAGCUGUUUUUCCAAUCUGGGAAGAGAUUUCUCCCUCUAGCACUUGCUACCUCUCUUCUGCACACACAUCACACAUCAGUACUGUGGAGAGUUUCUCUUAGGAAAAGCCAUACAUUUUUUAAAAUGUGGCAAAAUGUCAAGGGAAAUGUAAUCAGAUUUGGCCAGAGUUCGCCUACAGAUAAGAAGGCACUGGGCCAGGCUCACACCUGUAAUCCUAAGUAACACUUUGGGAGGCUGAGGCGAGAGGAUUGCUUGAGCCCAGGAGUUCAAGACCAGUCUGGGAAACACCUCAUCUCUACAAAAUACGAAAAAGUUAACUGGGCAUGGUGGAGCAUGCCUGUAGUCUCAGCUACUCAGGAGGCUGAGAUGAGAGGAUCACUUGAGCCUGAGGAGGUCCAGGCCACAGUGAUCUGAGAUCACACCAUUGCCCUCCAGCCUGGGUGACAGAGUGAGACCCUGUUCCAAAAAAAAAAAAAAAAAAAAAAACCCAAGAAACCUCAAUGGCUUUUUGCUUUUGAAGGUGGUAUGAAGAGAACAUCCACUUUAAGGCUUUAAAAGACAGUGAAGCUGGUUGUAGUGGCUCACUCUUAUAAUCCUAGGAUUUGGGGAAGCUGAAGCAGAAAGAUUGCUUGAGCCUGGGAGUUCGAGACUGGCCUGGGCAGCAUAGCGAGACCCCAUCUCUAUAAAAAAAAAGAUGUUAAAACACAGUGAAAUUGCAGAAAUGGAACAUAGCCACCCUUUUUCAUCAGUGACCUUUUCUUCAUGUGGAGGUCAACUCAGUAGGUGAGAAUAAUUAGUAGGUUCAGCAGAAUAAACUCUUUACAAUUAAUAACUCAGUGGAAAAUGAUGUUCAGAUGGUGAAAUGUGGAAAUGUUUUAGACAACUGUAUUUUCAGCCUGUGCUUCUCACUCACCAUCCUGUUGGGAUUAACAGUUGAGCGCCAUCGCUGUCUAAACAUUUAGCGUGCAGUUUCCCAUCAGUUUUACCGUGAAUGUGGAAAGGUGAAACUGGUGCUGACUUCGGCAGCAGGUAUACUAAAAUUGGAAUGACACAGAGGAGAUUAGCAUGGCCCCCUGCGCGAGGAAGAUCCGCAGAUUCAUGCAGCAUUCCAUAUGUUUUAAAGAAAAGGUUACACUGUGCACCGACAUGUGGAACUAGAAGGAAAAGCAUGAAGUCUCAUGUUUGCUGACUAUAAAAAUAAAUCAUAGUAAUAAUAUUAUUGAACAUUCUACUUUAAAAAUUAUUAAUAAAACCAUAAAUGAAACACUUGAGCACACUUUAAAAAGUACAUAGACCCAUGAGUCCAUAUGUGUAAUUUUAUGUUGUCUGUUUUAUUAUCCAGGAUUUCAUUCUGAGAUUAGAAUUAGCAUCAGGAAAGCCUGAAAUGCCUUAAUUGUGAACUGAUAUGCAGGAAAAUGAAAUAUGUAAGCACAUUGGUGACCUUGUUCUUUAUGGACAUUGUAAUUAGCCUCCAGCCAUACAGAACAAAUGAGAAAUUAGAAGCGAUUCCAAGAACGUGUGAUGGUGUGAAACCCACUUUCGACUGUCACACACAUUUCAGCAUUUGAAGACACACAGGCUACCUGGUAACUGCCCAUGGCAGGGUCAUAGUUUAAAUGGCCCAAUGUCAUGUAGAGGUUAAUUUAAUCAAAAUGAGCUAAAACAUGGAACAAUCACUGAAUAAUUUAAAAAGAGUUUACCUGGCAGAGUGUGUCAUGCCUGCAAUCCCAGCACUUUGGGAGGCCAAGGCAGGCAGAUCACCUGAGGUCAGGAGUUUGAGACCAGCCUGGCCAACAUGAUGAAACCCUCGUCUCUAUUAAAAACACAAAAAUUAGCCAGAUGUGGUGGCACACGCCUGUAAUCCCAGUUAGUCGGGAGGCUGAGGCAGGAGAAUAUGGAACUCAGGAGGCGGAGGCUGCAGUCAACCAAGAUUGCGCCACUGCACUCCAGCCAGGGCGAAGGAGUGAGACUCCAUCUCAAAAAAUAAAAAUAAAAAAAUAAAAGUAGUUGACCCAGGUGGGCAUUCCAAAAUGUUCGCAUAGAUGAUCGUGAAACAAUCACUGUGCAAAAUGUGGAGGAAAAUUCUUAAUGAUAAUCAUAAAAUUUGUAACAGAAAAACAUUACAAAUUUACUUUGCUCCAUGUAAUUUUAUGAAUUGGCAGUAUUUUCUUAAAUUGGGAUACAGUAAAAGAAUAUCUUUAGGAAAUGGAAAUGUUAAAACAAGAAGUAACAAGAGGUUGUUUUUCUGAAGGGAAAUGCCACCGGCCUGCUUUCAUAGGCAUUGAUAAAGCCAGGAAGGAAAUAAAGUCACAACCGAAUAGUAUACACUGUCACUACUGAAUUCUUCUAAUUCCUUCGCAACAGAAGUCUAAAUCCUGCUUAGCCUAAACAUAUCUAUAGCCAGCGAUGGGCAAAUUAUAUUUGCUGUUAGCAUGAUGGAAUAAGAAACAGAAACCCCCGAGCAGUGGGGUAAGAUUGCACGCUUCAUCCCCUCAAAAUGCUGUUCAGCCCCACUCGCUCUCCAUGCCCAUCAAACAACUGCACAAUCACUUGUUACUGAAUUUCUCAUUCAGCGUUUUGUUUCUUUCUGUCCAUACUUAAAGACCAAAUCAUUUGUUUGCUUUGAAGAAAAAGCAAAAACAAGAACAAAAACAUCAAAUCAUUUGAAAUCACUAUCCAUUAAAAAAAAUCACCAGUGGAACUAAAGAGUUGAGUGGCUUGGGACGUGUUCGCCAUUUCUGUGUUUGACCUACAUGGCCUCUAGUUCUUUGGACCAUUGUAACUGUGAAACUACGGCUUAAUACUGUUAAAGACCCCAAGGCUCCACUCUGUAGCCAGCUGCACCUCAGGCUGCACAAAUACCCCACCAGAAUGUCACAGUCAUUCAUUGCUCCAGCUACUGAGUGAACAGGGUGCAAGACAGCACUGGCUUGGGUUUUAUUUUUGCAGCCAGUUAACUUUGCAUCAGGUCUACACAGUCCUUGCAGCCUUUGAUUUCUCCAGUUGUAGAGAUUUGAAAUGGGGUGCCUGGGUUCCUCUCAUGUUUCCUUCAAUCUACCUAGCAUGCAUUUUACACACAUUGGAGGAGUCGUAUGCACUGUUUUUCUGUUGCUGAUGGAGGCAAGCAGGCCUUCUAAUUAGUCUAACUGAAACGGAUGGGAUUCACUUAACAAAAGCAAGAAGAAAAGCACACGAACAGGUGUCAAUGCGUUUGGAUAGUUUCUUUGCAGGGUGUGUGUGUGUGUGUGUGUGUGUGUGUGUGUCUUGGUGAAGGUGAGGGGCUGUAUUUUCACCAAGCCUUUUCAUAAUCAAGUUUGCUUUGCAAACCUUAUGGCCUUGCACCCCGCAGAACAGUCCUUCCUAAUAGCAGGGAUACUCUGUCAUGGUUUUCUGUAAAUUAUCGUGUGUUGGGAAGUUCUGUUCAGGCUUAGUUUGAUCUUCCAUGGUGGAGACUUCUAUUCUGUAUGUAAAAGGCAUUACAAUUGUGUUUUAGCAGAUGAGAUUUGAAGCCUUUCCACAGUCCUUGUGCUCUGAGAUGGCUGUUGAGCUCUGCUCAACUGUCGUAGCUGAAUUCUUUCUUUGCGCUGAACACUGGGCAGCCUCACCAUGUUGCCAACGUGCUUCUGGGGCCCCUGUGACUGCCGCCGGAUGCCGCACACACAGGCAGAGUGCCUUGGCAGGUUUGUGCACCCCUUGGAGAGCCAGAACUGGGAACCCCGCGGAGUGACCCCACCUUCUCAUGGGGGGUCAGGGAGGGGAGUGCCUAUUUUUAAUGUUGUUUGUUGCACAAUUGAAAUCACUGUGAUUUGUACAUAUGCCCUAGGAAAAUUUUACCGCUGUCUAAUUUAUGUAAUAAUACCGAUGAUUCUAGGUUUAUUUAAUAAAACUUUGUAUCUUUUCA